GAGAAGAAAGAAGAAAAGAUGAAGGAAGAGGAAAAUUAUAUAAACAGAUAAAAUCAAAUCAGCUGAUAGAUAAACAUAAAAGUAAACAGAACGACAAGGCAAGCAAUAACAUUAUGUAUGAACGAGAAGGAAAGGCUUUCGGGACGACGCCAUGAAGUCCUUGGUCCUGUCCCUGUUGCUCCUCUGCUUCGUCUGCGCCCGCGGGAUCCCUACCAAGCUCAAGUGCGACACCCACGCUGCCGAAGGAUGCCUGGGGGAGGAGGCCGGCCCUUCUGUGGUUGGAGAGGUGGAGGGAGAGACGCCCGAUACUAUGCAGGAGGAGACGAAGGAGGAGGCCUUUCCGACGAGCUCCGAUCUUCCAGCAACGUCGGAGCUCCCUCCGCAGGAUGCCUCGGAGGCAGAGGGCGCCGGUGGAGGGAACUCGGGCCCCGGCGAGGGCGAGAGCGGGGCCCUGCAGGCGCAGAGGCUUGUGAGCGGGAAGUCGAUCGAGGCCGCGACGCCAGGCAACGCCUUCGGGAAUGACACGGAGGCUCCGGUGGGGACACGGCCGACGGAGGAGGGCGGGGAGGCGCGGCAGGGGCGGAAGCUGGCUCUGGACGACCCCUCAGCCAAGGAGGGCAGCUACGUCCUCCAGACUCAGGAUCCUCAGGAGGAGAAGGACCUCCAAGAGGGGGGAGACAUCGCAUUCGAGAGAAUCCACGACCUGCUUGAGGAAGAGGAAGGAGGCGACCUCGCGGAACACGACUACUACGACUACGACCUCUCGAAUCCGACCCCCGUCAGGAAGUGCUGCGGCGCAGAUGAGUUCUUCAGCUUGCAGCUCCAGAGAUGCGAGGACGUGGGUGGCGACCACACGUUCCUAGAGGCGGCGGGGCGCCUCCUGUUGGGGGAGGGGGGUGGCGGGGCUCUCAGCUACAUCACCGGCCGGAUCCCUGUGUGUCCGGGCACGGGGAAGCCGCCCACAAUCGCUCAGUCCUCGGAGUUUGUGCACCAGCUGCUGCCGCACGGCCACCUGCGGGAGCUGGACCUCGGGCUCACGCAUGACGUCGACCACUACUGCCUCGAGAUGGCGGCGGUCACCAAAGAGGAAGUGGCCAACGCCGCUCUGGUGUUAGCCUCCUGUCCCCGCGGUGUCUUCCGACACGUGCGAAAGUGCUGUGCGCUGCACCAGUACCUCGAUCGCAGCAGCAUGGAGUGUAUGGACAGGCCAGCCAACAGCAGCAGCCACGAGACCCUGGUGAGGGAGUUCCUUCACCCAAACGCCGACACUUCCCACUUCCACUUUAGGACGGAGCGCUUCCAGUGCCCGAAGGGAUUCCCCAAAAUCAUGCAUGCACAGGAGCUCUACCUGGACGACAGAGAGCAGCUGUGUGAGCGAGACUCCGGCGUCUGCUACCAGACAUCCCUCUUCUGCCUCGACCACCUGACGGCUGAGGACGAAGACCCGGCCAGUAUGGAAGCCGUCGCCGCCGUCUGUCUUCACAAUUUCUUUUCCAAGUGCUGCCCGCCCGGCCACACCUACUCAGAGGACGGCUGCGUCGCCACACACGCCCCUCCCUCGUCCAAGAUGAUGCAGCUCUCCGAGUUGAUGGAAUCGGACCACGGGUUUCCACUCAACAACGACACGUGCCCUCACGAGGUCAUCUGGCCGCAUAACAGGGAUAUCCGCUGGUGGAUCAACUGGUCCGGCGAGCUCAACGUGGACUCUCACGACAGCACUUUCAUCACGGAACACUACUGUGUGGACGACUUCUUGGACAAAAACAACGAGACGGUGACUGUAGCGGUCCUUUGCCGCACUGAACUGGAGAACAUCAUCCCCGUCCACCUCUCCUCCCAGGCCUCCUCCUCUGAUGCCAUCUCCUCCCUCUUGCCUCCAGGCACGGUCGGCAAGUGCUGCAAGCACGGCCACAACGUGCUCAAGGUCGACGGCGUCCAGAACGUCUCGUGCGCGGGCGACGACCACAGCCACCAGCUCCUGAACGAGUCGGAGGUCCGCAGCGCCGGCAUCUCCCGCCUCGUCUACUCCGGCUUCCCUGUGUGCAGAGGCGGCGGGGGCCUGCACGUGUUCUACCUUCCGCCGGUGGUCGACGACGACUACGCCCGGUUUUCGCAAGGCGGGCAGACGGCCGACGUGGUCAGCAUGGAGGGCAGCUGCGUCCUCAGCACUAACUCCUUCCGCAAAGAGGAGUACUGCCUGGACUACAUCGUGAAGGCAAACGCCAAGGGGCAGGGCCGCACGCCCCGGGCGAUGGUGGUCGUGUGCCCCGAGGCGUGGAAGAGCGUCAACGUCCACCAGGAGAAGUACAGUAUCACGUCCGUUCUCUUGGGCAUCUCCUGCAGCGCCCUCAUCGCCACCGUCAUCUCACUCCUCUCCAGCAGGGUCAGGAGGGGCCUCGUCACCGUGAAGAAGGUGAACACCCUGGCCGGAAGGAUCCUACUCAGUUACGUCAUCUCUUACCUGUUCAGCUUCCUCCUCCUCGCCAUCUCCAUGAAGGCUGAAGUGCAGCAGGACGCCGAGUGUCAUCUCAUCGCUGGCCUCCUGAUCUUCUUCAUUUUGGCGGGAUUCACGUGGAACACCUCCAUCUGCCUCGAGUCCCUCCUGCUUACGCUACGCGUGAGCACGUCGGAGCGUUGGCGUUACCUGUACCACUCCCUGUGGGCGUGGGGCGUCCCCGCCGCCAUCACGACGCUCGCGCUCACCCUCGACCACUACAGGAAGGAGCUGCCCUGCGCCGUCGUCACGCCAAGGAUCGGCCUCUACAGGUGCUUCUUCUCAGAUCCGAACGCCCAGCUGCUGUACAUGCACCUGCCACUCUUCCUGACUCUCGUGGCGAACGUAGGCCUGCUGAUGGGUGCCAGGAUCCUCAGGAGUGCCAAGUUGAGGAAGCUGGAGCACGGAGGGAACAAAAAGAAAGCGUCUACACCAGCAGGAGGAGGAGCAGGAGGGACAACAGCAGGAGGAGGAGGGAGAGGAUCUGAAUGGGUAGAGCUCAACAGACAGACCGCUGCGAGUGGUGCCAAUGGUGGCAGCAGUGCCAACACCAGCUCUGACCAGUCUGGCCACACGCAGCCUGCCUCCUCUGGUCUCAGGACGCAUCAGACGCGCAACCUCUGGACGGAGUCGAUCAAACUGGUGGUCUGGUCCGGCGCGACGUGGAUGCUGGAGCUGGCGUCGUUCGUGGUCACCAACUACCUGGUGACGCCCUCCGAGGCGUGGUACGACUACCUAUGGUACCUGCCGUCCACCAUGAACGCCCUGCGCGGCGUCGGCAUCUUCUCCAUUCUGGUGCUGACGCCCGAGAACCGCAUCAAGGUGGCCAAGGCGCUGGGGAACCUCGGCUCGUGGGCGGGCUCGGGCACCCUGGGCCGCCCCUCGCGCUCAGAGGCCCACAGCUCGUCGGGCAACCACGCGUCGUCCAGCGGCGGCGGCGGUGGCGGCUCCGCGGGGGCUCCGGAAGCCGGGAGGAGCGCUGGCAGGAGAAACAUGUCGAUCUCCACCACCAUCACUCAGAUCACGUCCUCCUUCAGGAGCGCCGUCUCCAUCGACCCUCGGCCGGACACUGCUGCGGCGGCGGCGGCGGCGGCGGCGGCCGCGCGCCCUGGAGGAGGCCUGCAUCCGCGCGUCGCGCACUCCGUCAGCCAGAUCGACACAAGAAGGAGCUCCGUGUCGUCGGAGUCGUCCUCGGAAGGGUUCGAGCUGGACGCCGAGGCGGGCGCAGGCGGCAGGCGCAAGUCGUCCAUCGCGGCCAACUUCGGAAUGGUGUCGCUGCCCAGCGUCGACGAGGAGGACGUCUUCGACGACUCGACGGCCGAGGCCAGCGCCACGCACGCCCCGCUCGACGCCACCAGGUCCUACAGCAAUGCGUAGCCGAGCCCUCCACCCACGGGAGGAGGCGUCGACCUCCGCUCUCGCCUCCCCAUUCUGCAUCCCGCUUAUUCAUCGUGCCAUUUCGUUCACCGACUUCAUGCCAUUUCCAGUCAUCAGUAAGAAAUUGUAAAUACGCUUCGUGUCAUCCUUUUCCAUGGCUGAACAUGUACAUAUCUUCCUGCUCUUGGAAAUAAAAGCCAUUGAUCAUUUA